CAGUUCUAACAGACGUCAAUAGUUAGACCAAGUUAGAAUUAAUGCCUCAAGGCUUUCUAAUAAGACACGCUAACAGGGCCAUUAAUAUUAGCAAGAAAUUAGAAGUCACCAAAACGUAAUCUAGGCAAGUCUUGUUCAAUAUUCAGUUUGAACAUAAAAUUAAGGAAAUAUAGCUAACAUUCCCACUAAGGCCGGAGAUUCUUCCAAGUGGCAGCAAGUAGCUACCCAGAACUUUCGUCUCAUCACCUUUCCUCUUGUCUGCUGUAUAACCAGUACAAACAGAAGUGGCCAAAAUUUCAUGCAAUUAAUUUAAUAAUUAUUGUUGUUGGAAAUAGUAUUAACAUGAUCCAAAAUGAGGGAGGUUCUCUUUAAGUGAUCUAAAUGACAAGAAAAAUCUGACCUGCUUAUAACAAUGGACGGAAACUGAUAUACAGUGAGAGGAAGUGAUGGACACAGCGGUUCCUCAUAUCAUGGUCUCCUCAGGCUUUUUGCCAAUCGGCUCUUUGCUGGAAUCUUUGACUCAUCUAUCUAAUGAAGUUGCUUCAACGGAAAAGCUCCCUUUUAUACAGGUUAGAAACAUCUCAACCAUGAUAAGAAGGAUCAAACUUCUUUCUUCUUUGUUUGAGGAAAUGCAAGAAAUGAGCAACCCUCUUCCUCCAUCCUCAGUCCUGUGUCUCACCGAGCUUUUUUCUGUGAUUCAAAGAGUGAAGGUCUUGAUCCAAGAGUGCAAAGAUGGAAGCUCCCUUUGGAGCCUUGUACAAACAGAGUUUGUUUCCAAUCAAUUUUAUGUGCUCGUAAAGGAGAUGGGAAGGGCACUUGAUAUUCUACCUCUGAGCCUGCUCAAUAUAAUAAUAGAUACCAGAGAGCAAGUUGAGCUUCUUCACAAGCAAACAAGGAGGGCUGGUUUGUUUGUCGAUCCUCGAGAACUUCAAAGAAGAGAAGACUUUCUCCAAGUGAUGAUCUGUAAAAAUGAGAAGAUCACCAAGAACAAGGGCUUCACUGAAUCUGAAAAGGUGAAAAGUGUUUUGAGCAGCAUUGGCUUGAGGACUUCACAGGAUUAUGAUGAAGAAAUAUCAAAGCUAGAGGCAGAAGCAAAGAAGCAGGCAGGUACAGGUGGACUUAUCGUUAUUUCCAACAUAAAGAACCUCAUAUCUCUUGUCUCAUACUACAAAUCCAUGAUUCUCAAUGGAAAAGAAGAUGAUAAGACAAAAGAUGACACUGAAAAGUGGUCCGAAUCCACAAAUAGAAAGCACGAUCAUUCUUCAUCUUCUCAAUCACUUCCUGGUAUUCCCGAUGAAUUCCGUUGCCCAAUUUCACUCGACUUGAUGAGAGACCCUGUAAUAGUGGCAUCAGGGCAUACCUAUGACCGAAGCUCGAUUGCCCAGUGGAUCAAUUCAGGACAUCCUACAUGUCCAAAGAGUGGGCAAAGGCUGAUUCACACAGCUCUAAUUCCCAAUUAUGCACUGAAGAGUCUAAUGAAUCAAUGGUGCCAAGAGAACAAUAUAUCUCUAGGGGACUGCUCAGCACCAUCUUCAGAUAGGGAAAGAAACAACAGCAAGAGGAAAUUAUGCGAGGAUACUGUUGAUCACAUCUCGGUUGCAAAAUCAGCCAGAGAUGCGGUCAAAAUGACAGCUGAAUUUUUGGUGGGGAAGCUGGCAAUGGGUUCCCCACAAAUCCAAAGGCAGGCAGCUUAUGAACUGCGCUUGCUUGCAAAAACUGGCAUGGAUAACCGCAGGAUAAUUGCUGAAGCAGGAGCCAUACCAUUUCUUGUCACAUUACUAAGUUCUCAUGAUUCCAGAACUCAGGAAAAUGCAGUUACGGCCUUACUCAACCUUUCUAUAUUUGACAAUAAUAAGAUAUUAAUAAUGGCAGCUGGAGCAAUUGACAGCAUAGUAGAUGUUCUUGAAUCAGGAAAAACAAUGGAGGCAAGAGAAAACGCAGCAGCAACAAUCUUUAGCCUGUCAAUGGUCGAUGAUUGCAAGGUGACUAUUGGAUCCCAUCCAAGGGCAAUCCCCGCCUUAGUUGCACUACUGAGAGAAGGUACACAAGCAGGAAAACGAGAUGCUACAACAGCACUGUUUAAUCUUGCAGUCUACUAUGGUAACAAGGCGAGCGUCGUUGCUGCUGGGGCAGUUACUCUGCUUAUUGACCUACUGAUGGACGACAGGGCAGGGAUAACAGAUGACGCCCUGGGAAUAUUGGCUUUGCUAUUGGGUUGUUCUGAUGGGCUGCAGGAGAUAAGGAGGAGUAAGCUUCUGGUGCCUCUUCUCAUUGAUAUGUUGCGAUUUGGAUCUGCAAAAGGGAAGGAGAGUUCAAUAACUCUUCUGUUGGGACUGUGCAAAGAUGGAGAUGAAGUUGCAAGACACAUGUUAACAAUUCCUAUGAUUAUUCCCUCUCUACAAUGCUUGGCUGCUGAUGGGUCCUUGAAAGCUCGAAGGAAGGCUGAGGCACUGCUUAGAUUACUUAACAGGUGCUGCUCCCUAUCUCACAAUCCUGUUCGAUAACAGAUUACCAUACAACAUAUGAGAAUUGUAAAUUUGGGGAUUUCAUAGAAAGCAUACAGAUGUUCAUUUGUUACUGAUGAAUCUUAAACCUCAUUGGAUUUGUUCAUCUUCACAUCAUCUUUGAAAAGAAGUACUUUGAAUUCAGCUAAGCCUUCCAGAACUUUGAUAUGCAUUUCAUUACAAGAUAUGUUUGUAGCCAAAUGGCAUAAUGACUAAUAGUCUGCUAAAAGAAUUCCAAAUAGAAAACAAGUAGAGAGCUCCUACAUCCUGAUGGUUGCAAAACAAAACAAAAUUGUCAUUGAGAGAAAAAUUGAUAUUAACAUACUCCUAUUUUUUUUCCUUCCGAUCCAAACCAUGCAGAAGUUAGCUUGAUCUUAGUGCCAUCAGUAUAAAUCAGACGAGGUAACAUUGGUAAUAAUUUUUUUUGGAAAUAUAAAGUGUAAAGUGUAGUAUUGAUAUCAGCACCAAGGAGGUAACAUCGAUAAUCAUGUAAAACCAACUUUCUGGUCUCAUACAUUUCCUCUAGUAAAACCAAGCCUAUGCUUCUCAAUGUAAAGCAAUCGACUCAUGAUACACAAAAUAGUACAUACCAUGCCAACAGACUUCAGUCCUUGCCUGUGUAUACCAAACUGACUUCUGAGGACUCACCACUGUUUCCAUAUUUGAUUCUCAAACAUAUAGACCUGUCUUACCUAAAAUUAUGAAGUGUAUAAAACACAUAUGUCAGUAAACAGUAUAACAUAAAUUCAAGCUUUCAAGUUACUUCGCUUGCCUGUGAAUUGGCCUCAAAAGAAUGCUUACUAAAAUAAAAUUCAUAAAAAGUAACAUUUAGGCUAUAUCAUUGAGAAUUAACUCCUGUAAACAGGAGGAGAAUAAAAAUAGAACUUUUCACCAAUUAAACUUUUACACUGUUUUACUUACUUACAUUAAGAUUACAUCAAUAAUGACCCAAAAACUGUAUGAUACUAUACGACAAUGGUUUUACAACUCUUUUCCAACGUAUUAGUAGGAAGCACCCUAGAGAAAAAAAAAA